AUGGCCAUACCACUCUAUACAGCUGUCUUGGGACGAGUAGCAAGCGACCGACUGAGAGGUUUUACUAAUGUCUUUUCGUCCCAAUUCCCUGAUCCUAUUGUGAUACGUCAACCGUACGAUCAAAUUAAGCCUGAAAGCGCGUCAUGGGGACGCUACAUUCAAGGAAUACUAGCCCUGACUCACUGUGACUUAUGCUUUGACCUUGUGAUUCACUCAACCAUUCCCAUGGGAAGUGGACUUAGCAGUUCUGCUGCGCUAGAACUUGCUUCCUACCACUUCGUCUCACAAUUCCUACCCAACCCUCUACCAAGUGGUGUGGCCAGUGCGGAACUGUGUCGUCGGGCAGAGCACGAAUACGCUGGUGUGCCAUGUGGAAUAAUGGACCAAUUUGUCAUUGCUCUCGCCGAACAUGGUCAUGCCAUACGAAUAGACUGCAGGCUGCUGACGUACGAGUUAAUCCCGAUGAGUAUUGGCCACGAUACACUGUUUCUCGUCAUCAACAGCGGAGUUUCUCACACCCAUGCCGACGGUGAAUAUGCCCUUCGGCGCAAAAUGGUAGAAGAAGCUCUAAAAGUAUUUGAGCUUACCUCAUACCGUGACGUCACUCAUGAAACAAUACAGGAAAAAUCGUCUCUGCUCGACGUUGCCACUCUAGAUUGUGUUCACCAUGUAGUUGAAGAAAUAGAGCGAACUCUUAAAGCAAGCGAAGCAUUGCUCGACAACGAUAUAACCCAUUUUGGACGUUUCAUGCGCGAGAGUCAUCGUUCUCUGCAGGAUAAAUAUCGUGUGUCAUGUCCAGAAAUUGAUGAGCUAGUCGCUAUGGCGUUAUCAUGUGAAGGCGUUUUUGGAUCAAGAAUGACAGGUGGAGGGUUUGGCGGCUGCACUGUAACACUGGUUCGAAAGGAGAAUGUUGAAGACGUGAAGAACUAUAUAAAGGUAUCCCAUUAUAUUUUAUUACUUUACUGGUGUUUUAUCAAAUAUUUUUUGGCGCCAGUCCAAUAUACCGGGCCGUUUUGUGGAAUCCUUCGAGCAACUUUUCCAGUCAUUUAA